CUCCAUGUUUGUUGUCGUCAGGGAUUGUGACGUCAUCAACACGCGUCAUGCGUUCGGCGAGCAGUGGGCAUUCUACUCGACUUGAUGUAAACUAAAGAUCUAUCUUACAGACAUAAGCCGAGUUUACCAUACACUAUUUGGUCUAAGGAUGCCUCUACCUCCAGCAUUGCUGGCUCGCUUGGCCAAGAGAGGGAUUGUCAAACCAUCAGAACAAGAUGUAGAUGAGGAGAUCAUUGCUGAGGACUAUGACGACAACAACGUAGACUAUGAGGCAACCAGACUAGAGAAUCUGCCCCCAAACUGGUACAAAGUGUUUGACCCUAUAUGUGGACUUCCUUAUUACUGGAAUGUAGAGACGGAUAUGGUUGCCUGGUUAUCCCCAAAUGACCCAACUACCCUCAUUACUAGAGCUGCCAAGAAGCUAAGAGAUGUAGGUGCGGAGGAAAGAGUGGAGAAGCCAUUUGAGAAGCCUGACAGAGAACCAGAGCGGGAGCGACCACCAGAGCGACAGUGGGAGAGAGAGCGGGAGCGGGAGAGGGAUGACGGCAGGGAUCGGGAGAACAGAAGGAAGCCGAGGAGGGAUGACGUUGCGCCCUACAACAAAGGCAAAAGAGGGCGAAAGGAUGACGAGCUGGACCCAAUGGAUCCAAGUGCUUACUCUGAUGCACCAAAGGGCAACUGGUCCACUGGCCUGCCAAAGCGGAAUGAGGCCAAGACGGGUGCAGACGUGACGGCAGCGGGGCCUCUGUUCCAGCAGCGGCCCUACCCCAGCCCGGGGGCGGUGCUGAGGGCCAACGCAGCCAACCAGCAGCCCAAGGAUUCCCCAUAACCCUCCGAUGCAUAACGCAUACCUUCUUUUGGCUGUGGCCGCUGUACUCGUUUCUAUCGACGUGUGAAAUCCAUACUUCUAUUCUGAAAUAUGGGCACUAAUAGAAUACAGGGAUUUGGAUUGGGGACUGUAAAUAAGGAUUUAUGAGGUGUGCAUGUAGUCUUUAAUGUUUAUCAUCAGUAGUUUACCUUAUUUGUUAAUACAUUGAAAUGUCUGGGUACCAGCUCAUUUAUUUUUGUUUUUAAUGCGUUUUCAUAUAAUAAAACAUCUCUCCAAAUGAAAUUCAUGAUUUUAUUAUAAAAGUAAAAUAGUUUAAGACAAUAUCACCAGAUCCAUAAUUUUACAACAUGAAAUUUGACUCAUUGGAGGAUGGGCUUGGAGAAGUGUAAAUACUGAUCAGAGAAGGGGACGAGGACUCAGUUGUCCACAGCCCCUAUAUAGUGACAGAUGGUGUCAUAGUCCAGGUUGAAGACCUCCUCCUCAUAUCGAUCGAGCUGGACCAAAGCUUUGCUGCGGUCCCUGUCGCGCUGCAGAAUGCGACCGACCUUAAAAACGACAAAAGGAAUAUUCAGACAUUUGCUCUCGUCUCAUCUACAAGUCUGACAAAGCUUCAUUUUAACCAAUCAUGAUCAUCCACUCACCUGGCCUCGAUGUUGACCGAGAACCACCAUCACUGCAUCAGAGUCGUUCUUCGGCACAAUGGUCUCCAACAUGGACUGUUUCACGUCUACAAUGAAAUAGUGACUGGGGGUUCAUUAACAGGCUCAGGCAUUCCGAUUACGUAGAUUCACUUAAAGAGUCAAGUUUAACAAACCUUCCAACAGUCUUCCUUCGUCAGUUCGACAAAUACAGGUAGUCGGUGUCACAACAUCUUCCACACGCAUCUAAUAAAACACCACCAUGUAUAGGAGUUUAAUACACUGUUGACUAGAAAAUCUGAUAUGAAUGAGGAAAGGUUAACCAGGGAAGGGUAGUUUGAUUAAGAGAGGCCAUAGUGCUCUGUGGGUACCUUUGAGUUGUAGUACCGGCCCCCUUUGAAUGCUUUGUCUAUAAAGCGCACUUUGAGGUCUCGCUGGAGCCAACAUGGGACAGCUGGCAAUUUCCGUGGCUCCU